AUGGGAAAUAUAAUUUGUUUUAAAGUAGAGUCUUCAGCAAUACAUACAGUAACAGUUGAUGAAAGCACUAAAAAUAUUUAACCAAUACAAAAAUCAAAUACUUAGACUUCUUUAAAGCAUUCAAAUGAAAUCAUUCCUUCACCUUCGAUAUCAUAAUAAGAGCAAAAUGAUAAGAUAUGCUAGAUGUGUACCAAAACAAUAAGUUUUACUUUUGUUUAAAUUAAUUGCUAAAAAAAUUGUCUUUAUCAUCCUAUCUGCAUAGAAGAACAUAUUAAAAAAUUAAUAGAUUCAGAAAAAUAAAUUAUUAAAUGUGGAUGUGGCACUAAAAUUAAUACAAAUUUUCUAAGAUUGUCUUCAAUUCCUGGAAAAAUGAAUUUACUUUCAAAAAUUUUUGAAAGACAACUUGAUUAUAUUUUAGGUUCCUCAUAACAAAUAAGAAGAGAUAUUGAAAUACAAAAUUAUGUUAAAUAAAAUCGAUAAAGAAAAGAAUAUGGUGACUACAUUCUAAUUUAAUAAGAUACCUUGAUAUAUGAAGAAACCCCCCAAUGA